GUAGGACAUAAAAGCGCGACAGCUCAUUGACAAGCGUUUCGCUGUACGCUCAACAAGUAAGCGCGCGCGCGAAUCGUGGGCGCUGCGAAAGAAUCGCGAAAAGUUCAACCAUCGGCGAAAAAGUUUGGGGCAAGAAUCUCCCGGUUUCUGCUCAAAGUUUUCGUUUGCAACACGCUAGUUUCGCGCCCAAGGAUAUACACAAGGAUAUGGAAACCAUGAUGCAAUUCAUACUGCCCCUCUUUGUGCUCACUGCCGCAUGUCUCGGCAGUCCGGUGAGCCAAACCCGUCGGUUCCCCAACGACUUUCUCUGGGGCGUCGGAUCAUCGUCUUACCAGAUCGAGGGCGGCUGGAACGCGGACGACAAGGGGGAGUCCAUCUGGGACUUCCUCACCCACACUCAUCCCGAGAAAAUAGCCGAUCAAUCAAAUGCUGAUGUCUCGGCGGACAGCUAUCAUCAGUGGAAGCGCGAUGUGCAAAUGGUCAAGGAGCUGCAUGUGGGCACCUACCGCUUCUCCCUGUCCUGGCCCAGAAUCAUGCCCGGUGGCUACAUGAACCACGUCAGUACAGCCGGUAUUAAGUACUACUCCAACCUGAUCGACGAGCUGCUGCGGUACAACAUCACUCCGAUGGUGACCAUCUACCACUGGGAGCUGCCGCAAAAGCUGCAGGAGCUGGGUGGUUGGACCAAUCCGGAGAUAAUCCCGCUGUUCAAGGACUAUGCCCGCCUGGUGCUGGAAAUGUACGGGGAUCGGGUGAAGAUCUGGACCACCGUCAACGAGCCGUGGCAUGUGUGUGAGCACGGCUACGGAGUGGAUUAUAUGGCGCCUUCGUACAAUUACCCCGGCAUUCCCGCCUAUCUGUGUGGUCACAAUCUGCUGAAGGCCCACGCCGAGGUGGUGCACAUGUACCGGGAGCUCUUCCAGCCGCGCCAAGGUGGACGCAUGGGCAUCACGCUGGAUACGUCCUGGCCGGAGCCCAAGGAUCCCAACUCCGCCGAGGAUCGCGAGGCCUCCGAGCGAGCCAUGCAGUUCUAUGUGGGCUGGUUCGGUCAUCCCAUCUUCUCCAAGCACGGCAACUAUCCCAAGGUGAUGAUCGAGCGCAUCAGAAACCUGAGCAAGGAGCAGGGCUUCGGAGCUCGAUCCAGACUGCCGGUGUUCACCACCGAGGAGAUUCAUCGCAUCCGCGGCACCUCCGACUUCUUCGGCAUCAAUUCCUACACCAGCAACCUGGUCACCUCCAAUGGACACAACAAUACCGGCAAGUUCCCAGUGCCGUCCUUCAAUCACGAUAUGGGCGUGGUCGAGAGCCAGGAGGGCGUCGAUUGGCCCGGUUCCGGAUCCGUUUGGCUCAAGGUCUAUCCCAAGGGAAUGUACAAUCUGCUGAUGUGGAUACACCGGGAGUACAAUGCACCCGAGAUAAUCGUCACGGAGAACGGAGUUAGUGAUCGUGGUGGUCUGGAGGACUAUGCCCGUGUGGACUACUACAAUCUCUAUCUCUCGGCGGUGCUGGAUGCCAUGGAGGAUGGCGCGAAUAUCAGUGGCUAUAUCGCCUGGAGUCUGAUGGACAGCUAUGAGUGGAAGGCCGGCUUCUCGGAGAAAUUCGGCCUCUACCAUGUGGACUUCAACUCCCCGCAGCGAACCAGGACGCCCAAGAUCUCGGCGCGAGUGUUUGCCCAGCUCUGUAAGACCAACACCAUCGAUUGGAGCUACAGACCCCAGCUGGAUGAUGAGCAGCAGCUGGUGGCCAUGGCUCAGUUGCCGGCGGAAGCCAGGACAAGUGGUGCUAGUGGUGCUAGUGGAGCUGUCAGCUGGAGUCUGAUGGGUGUUCUCCUGCUGGCGCUGCUUAGAUAAGGAAACAAGUGAAUACAAAGGAGAGAAAGAGCCUUGCCAUAUUCGAUUGCUACUCGUAUCCCUAAGUUCGUCUAACCGUCUCUGUAAUAUAUUAUGUAUAGAUGUUAUAAUUUGUACUAAGGUUGAAAGACUCAAAACUGAAUAAAACCCCUUUGUGAUAUUUAAAUCA